UUAAGUAGAGGGUGUCUCUUUUCAGUCUGAAAAUAACAAUUCCGUUAGGUUUUCGUGAUUUCAGAAAGAAAGCCGUGUGUGAAGCGUUAGGCUUCGUGUUCGUGAGAGGCGUGAGAAGAUUGAUCGCGAGUUUGCGAAAGCCAGCAAAACAAGGAAGAGAUGAGUAGUCCUAGUAAUGAAGAAGAAGAUCUUUUCAAUAGACUUCCAGAUAUUAUUAUGACCAAAAUAUUCUAUGAACUUGAUGAUGAAUCAGUCUAUCAAUUUCGCAUUGUCUCCAAGCGAUUCGCUUCCAUUCUCUCCGAAAUUAUAGUCAAGACCUUCUAUGGAGUUCCCCAAAACUCCGUGUGUCAAUGUCUCAUGAUCUCUAAGCGAUUCAAUCCCAUUUUCUCAAGCAGCCUUAGCUUUUUCUCCGUCAGCUUCAUUAGACUACGCAUCCAGGAUUUUGAAUUCCGUUAUACACAUAGCCCUGCCGAGAUUUCUCGCACUAAAUUUCUGCGAAUUCCUUACAAUGCUCGGCUCAUUCUCAACUAUCUCCGCGAACACCCUAUGGGUGUCCAAUUCUUGAGAAGGGAAUUCGAUGCGUUACAGUCUCUCCACAUUGAUUAUCCCUUUCCUUGCCUCCUCCAUAACGUAUCAGAAAAAAGUAACUCUUUUUGACUUUCUCAAAUAUAACACAUCAGGUAACUGUUUCGAAUUUUCCUUGCCUUGCCACAAAAACAACAGAUUUGUCAAGUGGGAGGCCGAGUUUGGAGCCAAACUCGACAAUGUUGUGAUUCUGUCAUCAGCUUCAUUACAUAAAUUGGAGGAGGAACCGCAAAAUUUGACCAUAAAGAGAACAAUGAAAUCAAUUUUUCGCUCUGUUCUUGAUUGCUUAGAGUUGGCGGCUUUGAGGCAUUCCAUGUUGAGAAUGGUUGUCUCGGAGCUUGCACCUUUUAAUCAGAAGCUCCAGAAGGUGCUUGUUACGGAUUUGGAGAGGGAAGGAAAUGUUUGUGUGAGAGGAGAUCACCUUGCUCAGUUGAUAAAUUCAAAGAUCAUGUAUACUGAAUGUUCCACACUGGGUAGCCUUCAUGUUCCCAAGUAUGCGAAGCUGUGGUAUGUUCCUUUGUUACGAUUAUCGUCAUCAGGGUAUGUGAUGAAAGAGGUCUCAGUUGUGUUGAUCAAACGCACCGAAGUUCGAAAGAAGUUCAAAGGGGUUGAUGCUAGAAUAUUAGCAAAUGGAGAGAAACGCACCAAAGUUGGGAAGAACUUCAAAGGUGUAGAUGAUGCUAGAAUAUUAGCAAGUGUAGGAGAAAACAUGUAUUUGUUUGAAGAUGGUGAUGAUAAGGACGAUAUUAAUUUAGUACUUAGUGCUUUCGAAGAUGAAGAGAGGGUUUAUGGAGAGGCAGUGAGAGAUUUUGAGAAAUGAAAAUACAAUUAGAAGAAUGUUCUCAGCAUGAAUAUGGGGUACUGAACAAGGGCAUGUCUAUUCUUAGGUUUUUGUUGUAUUAAAGGAACCAUGUUUCUUGAACCGGGACAAAGAUACCUUAUGCUAAAUUUUCUUUUCUUUUUA